AUGCCAGCCGACAGUCUCCUAGACAUGGCCCGCCGGGUUGCCGGUCGCAAUAUCCACAAGAUUACCGACAUUGGAGACGUCUCCUACAACAUAAUUCGUCCGGUCCUGUUGAAGAUCGAAAGUCCCGAGCAGCUGUAUCAACUUGAGCUCAACUCGCCGCAACUGGUAGGCAACACCAGCGAACUAUGGCUCAACUUCAUGAAGCGAGACAUUCCAGACUACGAGCUCAAGCCCCAUAUUCCCACAAAUCCCAUGAGUUGGUACAAAGUGUACAAGAAACUCAAGAAAGAAGCCUCAAAGGCUGCUUCCGACGCCGAAGCCGUCCUCAAGGCCACACUGUCAGGGAUCAAGUCCAUGAAGGAAGAGAACCUCGCCGAGGUAGUUAGCACCGAGCGGGGCAACGCACUAUACUCCAGCGCCAACGCACCAGGUCCCUCGAGAAGAGCCAGGUUCAUGUACAACUACAUGGCCGGCAGGACUGGCUCCAAAGGUGCAAACAAAAUGACGCUGAUGGAGAAGAUCCGCAAGGAAGCAAAGAGCGCCAAGACCGGGGUCAUGGGUCGGCCCAUGCACGAGCUUCAGAAGAAGCACAACGGCGUCGUCAAAGCGCCGGCGCAGUUCGUCGAGGACGUCAAGCGCAUGAAGGUCCUACAACAAGUUGAGGCGAGGAAGGCCCUCACUCCACCUCCGAAGAGACCCUUAUCGACUACCCCUCGGGCCCCAAUACACGCGCCAGGAAGUCGCCCGCCAAAGCCCAGACCUCAACCCGCCGCCGCGGCCGGUCUUGAACCAUACGACCUAACCAGCGAUCGAGAAGCACGACUUCGAGCUCUAAAAGCAGGGAAGCCAAUUCCCCCCAAACCUACGGUCCCAGAUUCGGCGCUUCCACAAUCUCCAACCUCACUAGCUCCGAGACUACGAUCUACCAGUGCCUCAAACGGUGCCUUGACUCUCGACUUCCUCGAGUCAGAUUCCGAACCCGAACCCGUCCACGAAACCCACAAGCCCGUCAAGUCACGGCAGCGAGAAGCAGACGAGGCGCUCUUCGGCCGCACCACUACCCCGAGCGUCAAACGCAAGCGAGACGCCGAAGACGACUCUGGCUUACCACGAAAAGUCCUACGGCCCGUCAGCAACGCGGACAUCUCGUCGCCACCGCAAAAGCUUUCUCGACCCAGCAGCAGUGGUGACGAGGUCAGUCCGUCCCACAACCUGCUGAGACCGACCCUUCCAGAUGCGGACCUCCUCGCCCGGUCUCGGAGUCCGUUGAAGUUGUCGCCGGCAUCAUCUCCGAGGAUGCAACCGGUCAAGAAGCGGCAGGCGCCCAACUUGUUCAUGAAGAAGAAGUAG